AUGACUCGGGGGCGAUAUGGAUAUGGCAGUACAAGUGUCAUCUGUCUUGCUCUGCCUAGGAACCAUGUUUCAUACCGGCUCCACGGCGCGACUUUCGUAAUGGUCCGCCUCAUACACACUAUGAGGGUAGUAGCUUACGCGCCGCCCAAUGAAGACAUAGCACAGCGCGUGCUAUUUGCAGCUCUAUACAUACGUAGUAGAUUGUACGCUUCCGACCAAGCUGGCCAGAUCUUCCCCCGCCUCCUUUUGCUUUUGAUUGCUUCGUGA